CUCCUGCGAUACAAGGAACUUCCGGCCUAAACUCAUCUACUUACGCUCGGUCAACAGGCUAUCGCAGCCACGCAACAAAUAAUAGCCCGCGCACCAUAAUGGCGCACAACGCCAUGGGCAGGCUCCUCCGCUGCCAAACUCCGACCACCUUCCACCAGUCAGUCAAUCUGACACAAAAACGCAGCUGGUCAGCAAGAACAAUCCCUUCGCUAGCCCCGACACACUCCCCAGAACUUGACCAACUCCUCAACCGUUUCCGCGACGAACUAUUCAUCCCCCAUUCCCUAAAUAUCCAGCAGCGAAACCUGAUAUACCGUCCACGCAAUGCCAACAAGCUAAAUGGACACCCGAUUAUCGUGUCAAUCGGCCCCAAGGAAGAGCCGUAUCAACUUCGCUCAAUCGACCUAUUUUCAGUGCCAACGACGAACGAUAAGUAUCGCGUAUUAACCCUGAUGCAUGAGACGAAAAACUGGUCAAACCUGGCUACAUUUCUUAUUGGAAUUCACAAGUCGGGUAUGGUGAUUCGUCAGGAUCGCUGGGAAUGGCUGGUGCGGAAAGCCGGAAGUUCCAAUGGGUUGGGGCACCUCUUGAUGUGUGCGCAGCAGUCAGAGGCAACUAAGUUCAAGCUGAAAAACGUGUCCGUCGUUGAGCGGCUUUUCUUCGAGCUUCACCUGGCAGGGCAGCGGAUUGAUUUCACGGGUGAGGGCAUCGCGAGAAUCCAGGGCCUUGCGAAGUCAUUUGCGCUUUUGAUGGAAACUCCAGAACACGCUGUUCGUGACUUAGAGAGAGAUCCCAAGAGGAGUGCCCUAGUUAUUGGUACAUUGCUCGAGCUUUCCGCUGCUCGCGCUCUGAGUGAGGGCGGCAGCAAUGCCAGUCAGGUCGAGGCUUACGCACGGCGUCUUCUUGCCAGUCUGAAGGACCAGAACCUCAGCGCCGAAGGGCAGGACUGGUUGUCUAACGAUCAGCUCCUGCAACGGAUUGUACCAUGUUACAACGGAUUGAAGCUUGCUUUGCAACUGGAUGAUAUAGCUCAUAACAAACACAUCUCGUCAGCGCUGAAGACGCGUGCGAAUGAGCUUGGCAUGUUUAUCGCAAAAAUCAAGAAAAUGACACCCAAGGACGUGCGACAAAAGCCUACAAUCGGCCUGGCACAGGCUCAACUGCUGCAUCAGAACUGA